AUGACUCUUCAUUUCACAAAAUUAUAAAUAAAUUAUUCCGUUACGACAAGACGACUGACAGUUUUGUAGAAAAAAUUAAAACAAAAGGAGAUAAUGUAGGAUUUAUAAGUCGCGUUAUAUCUAAAUAUGAUGUUGAGUUCAUUCACAAUUCGUACGGUGAAUAUUUUGCAGCGUUAUAUCUAUUUGAUAACGAACCAUCCAAAGCACGUGACAAAAAUUUUAUUUCUGACGGUAGAUAUAACAACAUUCGGUUUUUUUUAGAUUUAAAGUUAGCGAAAAAUUCGAAAUGUUUAGUAGGUGUUAUAUAUAAGAAUCUUACAAUUCUAAAGGAAUUUACUGAUGCAGAUUUACUUAAAAAGGAUAUCAUUGGUCGUGACAUUUUGGAAGUGGCUUGCGCCUGGAAUAAAAGUUAUCCUCUUGUUAAAAACAAUAUUAUUUUGAUUGACAAAAGUUUUAACACGGAAUGGUUAAUCAGCAAUAAUAAAAAAGUCGUUAGAACCCUAAAUUAUCGUGAUAUAGCACCAGAAUUUUAUAAAUUCCUCGCAUCGGGUCAUGUGUGUUUUAAAAAAUUGAUGAUUUUGUUACCAUUUUUGAUUCCAGUAUAUGACGGGAAUCAGUUCGCUAAAGAAUAUUUAGUGGCGGUUUUAUAUUAUGCAAUCAGGUUUGAUUGUCCAAUAAUAUAUGAGUGUAUUAAAAAUUCUAUUCCUUUAAAAACCACAUACAAUAAUAUUAGUUCAAGAAGCAUUUUAGCCUUAGCUCUUCUUAAUAGGUCAGCACAAAUAUUAAAAAAAGUUCUUUCCAAAAAACGAUUUAGUUCUGAAUGGGACUGCGUAGAAGAACUUUCAAUUUUGAAUUCGGAAAUUGACGAAGUAUUGAGUUUUGCGUUAGAUUUGCCAGAGUUUAGAACAGAUGUGCCAAAUUCGAAAGGUCAGUCGUUGGCGCAUUAUGCAUGUGAAAACAAUCUAACUAAGACGUUACGUUCAUUAAUUCUCAGAGAAGCAAACAUGAAUGAUCGGGAUAGGAACGGAAAACGUCCUAUAGAUCUUGCACGUCAAAAAGGGUAUUCAGAUUGUUUAAAACACAUAGCACAAAUUGACGUUUUGGAUAAAGCCGGUCGGUUGCCGCUUCAUUACGCUUGUGAGGAUGGAGAUUUAGGUGUGACAGAAAUACUUUUAACGAAUGGUGCGAAAGUUGACAUUCCGGAUAGAGAUGGACGACUGCCGAUACAUUAUGCUUGUAAACACGGAAGGUUAAACCUAGUAGAAUUACUGGUAACGAACGGUGCGAAAUUUGAUGUUCCGGACAGAGGUGGUCAGCUACCGAUGCACUAUGCGUUCAGAAAUAAUCUGUGGGGAUGUGAUAUAAUUUUAUUUUUGUGUAAAAAAGGUGCGAAAGUGGAUGUUCCGGAUGGAAAAGGACGGCUGCCGAUAAAUUAUGCUUGUGAACACGGAGAUUUAAACAUGGUAGAAUUACUGGCAAGGAAUGGAGCGAAAUUUGAUGUUCCGGACAGAGGUGGUCAGCUACCGAUGCACUAUGCGUGCAGAAAUGAUCGGUGGGGAUGUUAUAUAAUUUUAUUUUUGUGUAAAAAAGGUGCGAAAGUGGAUGUUCCGGAUGGAGAUGGACAACUGCCGAUACAUUAUGCUUGUAAUCACGGAACAUUACCCCUGGUAGAAUUACUGGUAACGAACGGUGCGAAAUUUGAUGUUCCGGACGGAGGUGGUCAGCUACCGAUGCACCAUGCGUUCAGAAAUGAUCGGUGGGGAUGUGAUAUAAUUUUAUUUUUGUAUAAAAAAGGUUCGAAAGUGGAUGUUCCGGAUGGAGAUGGACAACUGCCGAUACAUUAUGCUUGUAAACACGGAACAUUAAACCUGGUAGAAUUACUGGUAACGAACGGUGCGAAAUUUGAUGUUCCGGACAGAGGUGGUCAGCUACCGAUGCACUAUGCGUUCAGAAAUGAUCGGUGGGGAUGUGAUAUAAUUUUAUUUUUGUGUAAAAAAGGUGCGAAAGUAGAUGUUCCGGAUGGAGAUGGACAACUGCCGAUACAUUAUGCUUGUAAACACGGAACAUUAAACCUGGUAGAAUUACUGGCAAUGAACGGAGCGAAAUUUGAUGUUCCGGACAGAGGUGGUCAGCUACCGAUGCAUUAUGCUUGCAAAAAUUACUUGGAGGGAUAUGAUAUAAUUUUAUUUUUGCUAAAAAAAGGUGCGAAAGUGAAUGUUCCGGAUGGAGAUGGACGGCUGCCGAUACACUACGCCUGUGAACACGGAACUUUAAGAACACUGAAAUUAUUAGUAUCGAAUGGUGCGAAAGUGAAUAUUCUGGAUCACAGUGGCAAACUGCCGAUCGACUACGCGCAGAAAAACCGAAACUUUGACAGUAACAUGUUAAAAAAACAUGAAAUCUAAAAUCCUCGAAACAGUUACCGAUAAAGGGGUUCUGAUAAAAUUUUUUAAUGGAUAUCGUGUAGUACUUUUGUUACGUAGGUACAUGCAUAUGCGUGAUUCUAUUUCAUUUGACAUGUCCAUCCAGCCAGUUACUACUAAUUUAUACUUGGGAAUCGUUUUCAUUUAAAGACGGCGCAACCUAACGAUGAAGUCCUUACUCCUUACCAGUUUCACUUCCAUGCACACGCAUAUAAGCAAUAAAACUUUU